AUGUCAUCCGCGGUCCAAACAGCCGUCAUCCAGUCUGUCUCGGCGACAAAAGCGGUCCUUCCACUUGCUGUUUCCCAUACAGUUCCCAUCCCGUGUAUCACAUCUCCUUAUCAUGUACUGGUUCGCAUUAGAACUGUAGGUCUUAAUCCUACAGACCAUAAGAUGGUAACCUAUUUCUACAAUGAAGGUAGCGGGAUGGGCUGCGACUUUUGCGGCAUAGUGGAGCAAACAGGACCAUCCGCUUUAAUUCCUAAGGGGACGAGAGUAUGUGGUGCUGUGUUUCCAUAUGGCACUAUCGAUGCGCAUAAUGGCGCGUUUUCGCAAUGGGUGGUGGCAGAUUCGCGUCAUUUACUGCAGGUACCGGAGGACUGGACGGAUGCGCAAGGUGCGGCACUCGGAUCGGUCGGUUGGGCAACGUCAUGUUUAUCCAUGUCGGACCCGGAGGCACUCGGUUUGUCGGGUCUUCCUUCCAAGCCUGUAGAGAAGCGGGAACCUAUUCUUGUGUACGGAGGUGCAACUGCGACCGGGUUAAUUACGAUCCAGAUACUGAAGAGAUCAGGUUAUGCUCCUAUCGCUGUCUGCUCAUCAACAUCUGCGCCAUUAGUGAUGAAGUACGGAGCAGUAGGCACGGCGGAAUACGGAUCAAAAGAUUGUGUUGAAAAGAUCAAGUUAAUUGCGGGCGGGGUCCCUAUAAGACACGCAAUUGAUUGCAUAACGACUGCCGAAUCUGCUGCUGUAUGUUUCGGGGCUCUGGGGCGGACCGGCGGGCGAUACGUUUGCCUCGAGCAAUUUCAAAAUACGUGGCAGACAAGACGAGCUGUACGGACUAAAGUCGUGAUGGGAUAUGAAAUGCAAGGGAUGGAUGUUAAUCUUGGGCACGAUGUCUACGAUCGAAAAGCCAAACCGGAACUAUAUGAAAUGGGUACGACUUGGGUGAAAGAGAUGCAGGUGCUGCUUGACGCCAAAGCUAUUAUGACGCCACCACUGAGAGAAUUACAGGGUGGCUUUGAGGGGAUCAUCGACGGUCUCCACAUCCUCAAAUCUGGCGAGGCUCGCGGACGGAAAUUGGUAGUGAGAGUUUUAGAUUCUUGA